AUACCCAAAAUCACUCUGACACCAAUCACUCACAGAUAAGUAUUACAAAAAAGUAACAGAGAGAGUUUGAGAGAGAGCGAUAGCCGAUCAUGGAGUCUCAGGGAAUAGAGCACCGAACAGUCCAAGUUAACGGCAUCAACAUGCACGUCGCCGAGAAAGGGAAUGGCCCACUCAUCCUCUUCCUCCACGGCUUUCCUGAGCUCUGGUACUCCUGGCGCCACCAAAUCCUCUCCCUCUCCGCCCUCGGCUACCGCGCCGUCGCCCCCGACCUCCGAGGGUACGGCGAUACCGACGCCCCCGCCUCCCCUUCCAGCUACACCUGCCUCCACAUGGUCGGAGACCUCGUGGCGCUCCUGGACGCCAUCGCACCCGAUCAGGAGAAGGUGUUCGUGGUGGCCCACGACUGGGGCGCCCUCAUCGCUUGGUACCUCUGCCUGUUCCGGCCCGACCGGGUCAAAGCCUUGGUCAGCUUGAGCGUGCAGUUCAUACCGCGAAACCCUCGGAGGAAGGUCAUCGAAUCGUUUCAUGCUGCUUAUGGCGAUGACUACUACAUGUGCAGAUUUCAGGAGCCAGGAGUGAUAGAAGCUGAGUUUGCUCAGAUGGGCACUAAAAGAGUUAUGAAGGAGUUUCUUACAUAUAGGAAUCCUGGUCCACUUUUCCUGCCUAAAGGCAAAGCAUUUGGACAUCCCACAGAUACUCCUAUUGUCUUGCCAAGUUGGUUGUCUGAGGAUGAAGUGAACUACUACACCGCCAAAUUUGACAAGACGGGCUUCACCGGCCCCAUAAACUACUAUCGGAAUAUUGACGUAAAUUGGGAACUGACUGCACCAUGGACUGGGGCUCAAGUGAAAGUUCCUGUGAAGUUCGUUGUGGGAGAUCAGGACCUAGUUUACAACUCUCAAGGUACUCCGGACUUCAUACACAAAGGCGGGUUCAAGAAAUUUGUGCCGCUUCUGGAAGAAGUAGUUGUAUUGGAAGGAGUUGCCCAUUUUCUGCAACAAGAAAAGCCUGAUGAAAUCAGCAAACACAUUCACGACUUCAUCAAGAAAUUCCAUUAGCCGUAUGUCCUUGUGUCGACGCUGGCUACUGCCUACUGGUGUUUCAGUUAUGCGCUUCUCGCCUCCGACUUUGAGUGACGUUGUAAUGGACAUUGUUGUUUCCUUGUUUACGAACGUGCAACUUCCGUCAACUAGUUUGGUUUUGUCAUGAAUAAUCACUGAUGAUGUGUGUAAUUUAAACUAUACUAAGUUUAAUUUUAUAAGCUGUUUCUGUUUAAUUAAGUUAGUCCGAUGACUUGAAAAAUAAAGAGGUUUGUGAGGAGUUAAAACCA